AAUCUUCAGUUUUUCUUCGACCGCGAUUGCUGACGGUUUUCGGUGUUUUAUUUUUAUUGUGUUGAUGGAAAGUGUUUAUGUAAUAAUCAUAAAACAAAAAAAAAAAUUACCAAAUUGUUUGACAUAAUCUUAGAAACAUAACGUUAUCCCAUUAUGUUCCUUCUUAAAUUUGCGGUGAUAUUCGCUAUUGGAUCGCUCAAUUAUUUUGGAUCUUGCGACCAAGUCUGGAGUUCAAAUAAACGCAGAUUACAGCACAGAGACAUCGACGAAUAUAAUGACGUUCUGAAGAGCAACCAAAUACUUCCGUCAACUCAUACGGAAUACAAAUACAAAUCCGUCCAAACAGGCUCGGUAGAUGUUCCAUACAGAGAAGGAAGUCAUACAUAUGUUGGACCUGACCAUAAUCAAACGAAAUCAUACUUGGCUAAAAUUGACACAACCAUUUUAUAUCCGAGACGAUACAGCAAAAUCGUUUCUAAGCAAUCGAUAAAAAAGAAUUGCGUUAGAUGCCCAUUCGACCGUAUGGUGGUUGCACAGAAACGAUUAGAUGGGGUUUUAGUUGAGCCUCCACCGGCUCUGUCCUGCGUCACAAAUCAACCGUUUUCGAGAAGUGUUUUCGAGGUACACACGUUAUUCGGACCAGAAUUCUUGUUCGUAUUGCCACAGGGAACGCAUCAACUGAUUGGAAAAAUUAUUAACAAAAAAACUAGAAAGGAAGAGAUGAGAUGUUCUCUUAAAUAUAAAGUAAUUGUGCGAAAGUGUUCCAAAUACCAGCUGAUCAACACAAGAGAUUUAGUGGUCAAAUGUGACUUAGACAAUAUUUGGGGUUCAAGGUGCGCUUUCUCUUGUAAGCAUGGUGGCGAACUCAGUCACGAAACACCCGUAAUUUGUGGCGAUGAUCUCAAUUGGUCCGGUGAGGAACCCGUUUGCUCAUUUAAAGACGAUACUAUCGACAAGUCGACCUGUAAUUUACCAUCUCCACCAAAAAAUGGUCGAUUUAGCUGUGAAGUUAAUACGAUCGAAACAUACGAGUCAGAGCCAAGAACUCCGAGUGGUAGCAUAUGUCGAGUUUAUUGUGAUAAACAGUACCAUAUGCCCGAAUAUUUGAAAGAAUAUUCGGUUUUUCUUUGCAACAAUGGACAUUGGAAUUCGACGAUGCUAGAUUUUUGUCAUCAACGAAGUCAUAGAAAAUUCAAUCAAAUUAUGCCAUUGGUUUAGACGAUUUAGCGGAGGGGGUACUCAAGUAUCAAACGUUAGAAAAUUGUUUGAAUAAUUGAAGUAAAAGAUUUAGCGAUCAUGUUUUGGUAUGCUUGCCGUUCUUAAAACGUUUUACAUAAGUAUCUUAUAGGGUAGAUAGAUUUUACUAACAUUAAAACCCAGUGGUUUGUGUAGCUUGAAAAAACAUUACUGUUUUGUUGUUAUGCACUUUUGAGUACCCCACGGAUAGGAUGACCAAACUUUGUACGAAGAAUUGAUUUUCCAUAUUAAAAAUUUGGUUUUGGUGGAAACAAAAAGUUCAGAUGCAAAAGGCUUAGUUUUCUCAAGCUAAACAUGUCACUUGUUGUGGACUUUUUAAAGUUGGUAAAAUCGAUCCACCCUAGUAUCCAAGCCAUUAUGACUGUUGUAUCUAUAUAUUCAGCAUUUUGACCAAGAUUUGUGAACUGUGAUGGUAGUCUCCAACAGUAUAUAUGUAUGUAGUCAUUCUUGACCCAUCCUGUGACUAAUGAAACUUCAGAUCAAAAUAGCUCCUAAUCCGUCAGACUUUUUUAAGCCCACCUUGAAUUCUUCUGGAUUCGGUAUUAGGUAAAAAACAAACUGACAAAGUCUUAUAGGUUUCAACGUAUUUAAAGAAAUUUCGUUAAUCGCAGGAUAGAUCACACUUAAAUUUGGAGUUUGCGAAGAUUUAUGGCUUUGUCCUAGAUGGUAGGGAUUACAGCUCUCAAACUGUUGCAACUCAGUACUUUUCAUAGACGGCAAACAUAUCAAUAGAAUAUCAAUCUUUCACUUUAUUAGUUUCGACAUGUAUUUUACUAGAUAAGACGACGUUAGGUAUAGGGCACAUAUUCAUUUUGUUGUCGUAGCUUUCUUUAAGCAUUUCUGGAGUCAGCCUUUUUGUUCCUACAUUCGAAUGUGGAAUGGGAAAAAUUUAACAGACUCUUUUUUGGGUUGAACUUUUUUUCUAUUUUCGGGAGGGAACGCGCAGAAAGAAAGAGAUGUCCAGACGGAGGUUGAUUGCCUGAAGGGCUUUCUUAUCGAAAUAAAAAAAAAGAAUUUUCAAUUCAAUCAAAUUCUACCAAACAUUUUAUUGAUUUCACAUUUCUAUUAAGUGUGUGUGUUACCUACUAAUCGUAUCGAAUACAACAAUUUGAAAUCCUUUUUUUGUAAAAAAAAAUUAGUAUAAAAAAUACAUUCAAAAUCAGGAAUUGUAUGACAUUAUAAAUCGUAAAAUCUAACGACUAAAAUACGUCGAAAAUUAUUAUUUCAUCUAAUUCAGCGCGUCAAACAUUUUACACAAUACUCAUUUUCUAUUUCUAUUUUGAUUUAGACGAGAAAAA